UGAGGCAGUCCAACUAGAGGCCAUAUUGGAAUCUAUGAAGUGUACUUGCACUUUGGUGGAUUGAGUGUCUAUCGUUUUGGGAGUCUCUCAACUGCUAUCUCGGAGUUAUAACCGAGUUAUUUCGCCGGGCGUUCCACUUGAGACCCUGUCAAGUCUGGACGGCAAGUUGUCUCGCCUCGCUGUUGGAAGAAAAUGAGUCCAACCGAUGCUAAACGAGGGGCUAAGCGCAGGAAGAACAAGCGGGGCGGUGGCAGUAGCUGCAGUGCUGUCUGCAACAGCAGCGGUGGCAAGGCCGGGGUUGCUUCGGCCCUGGGCUGUUCGGGAACACCAACACCUGCCUCUGUCGUCAGCUUUUUAACGCCUGGAGGUACAAGCAACGGGAACGUGGGCUCCAUCACGGGUUUAAACGGAGAGGUCAACGUGAACAACAUUGUUACACCACAGUUUACGGAAGGACCAGUCAACGCCGACUUCUCCGGAGUUCUGCAGACCCCAUUUACAUUUGGCUUGAACCAGCGGGCGCCAUACACAGCCGGUGAUCGUUGCCUCUUAUGUCGAUGUGAGCGUAAAGAUGGUGCGGUGCCUUCAGAGGCAGGCAUUCUGGGCCAGAACGGCACAGCGCAGCCCAACAAGAUGUCCAGUUCCCUUCAACUCCCUUUAUGGGUGUGCUCCGACUGUAGGCGCACAGUCGAAAAGGAGGAUCGACACACCUCACUGGAGCAGUCGCUUGGGAGCCAGGACUUCCUCUUACAAAUGCCUGUGGGUAAUGGAAACCUGGUCCAAGAGGCAGCUACAGCAGACAGACUGACCACUGCUGCGCCUACAUUACCCAUGCUGCCUGCCCCGGACCUGACUGCACCGAUGCCUGCUGAUACAGUGUGCAGCUGUGAAGCCUGCAGUGAGAGGAGGGAAAUCUCCGCUGAGUCAGAGAGGGAAUCACAGCAGCUUCAGAACCACUGGUCAGAGGUUCGGUACUUGGUUCGCUGCAUCUAUCGCCAGACGGGAACACCACUAGCAGACGACCACGACCAACCUCUGGAAAGAGACAGGGAGGGCAUGAAGGAACUGGUGGACAGACUUUGUGAGAAGGACCCCUACCAACUAUAUCAGCGGUUGGAGCAGCAGGCUCGUGAAUAUGUCUUAGAAAUGAAGGUGCGGCUACUGAAGCACCUCUCCGCAGGCUCCAAGACUGGAGGACAGCCGGGGACUGUGGCUGCAGCUCAGGGUCCUCCUCAGGCCCACCAGUUCAUCUCACUGUUGCUGGAGGAGUACAACGCCCUGUGUCAAGCUGCACGCACCAUCAGCAGCUUCCUACUGACCCUGGAGAAUGAGCACCUCAAGAAAUUCCAGGUCACGUGGGAGCUGCACAACAAGCACCUUUUUGAGAAUCUGGUGUUCUCUGAACCAAUAUUGCACAGCAGUUUACCUGCACUGGUUGCACAGCUUACACACGGCACAGCCUCCCAUGAUUCCUACAAUGAAGACAUGUACAGAACUCUGUUAGAGAGAUACCAGCAGCUGCAGCAGGAGAUGGCGUCGGUGGCAGCUGAAUGGCAGGAGUGUGAGAAAAGGAUAGAUGACUAUGUAGACGAACAGCUGCUUUUUAAGGUGGACGGACAGAGUUUUACCAACCAAAGAAUGGAGCCACAUAAGUCGUUGAUCAGCAAAAGUACGUUCAAGACAAAACAGAGAUUGCUGAAGGAGGACUGGGAGUUUUUUAAACAGAGGAAAUUUAUAGAAGAACAGUUACCAAACAGUAAGAAGACUUUAGCUGGAGACAGCACUUUCACUGACACCAUGAGGAUGCUCUCAUCUCGCCUGAGUAUUGCAGACUGUCCUAACUGCAAUUAUCGAAGAAGGUGCACAUGUGACGACUGUAGUCUCUCUCACAUCCUGACCUGUGGCAUCAUGGACUCUCCCAUUGCUGAGGAUCUCCACAUCAAACUACCCCUGCAGGGGGAACCCCCGCAAAAUUACAUUAGUGAGAUUCAUCCUCCCAGUCUGUCCUCUGGCAGCUCAGCCUCGGGCUCUAACUCCAGUUCUCCCAUCACCAUUCAGCAACAUCCCAGGCUCAUUCUACCUGAUAGGGAUAGCAACACUUUUAUAAGUGACGAUGAUGAAGUGCCUCCACUGUCCGCCAAGUUUGGGGAUAUGUACCCAAUGACUGGCUACGAGCAGAGCACCAUAGUCGUACCUGCUGUGAAUGGCCUGCACAAUGAGCUAAAUAAGCAAGGUGAAAACGUGGAUCUGCAACCAGGGUCUCCUCAGAUGAGCAGCAGCAGUAGUUCGUCAGAUGGUGAUGAGGAGGAAGGUGAUGUGGAGGUCAGUGGUAAGACGUCGGGGCGACAGGAGGAACUUUGUUCAGGAAAGAGCAGCAGUCCUCCACCAGCAUACAACCACCAGCAGGUAGAACAGGCCCAGCAUGCCUGCGAGUGCCAUGUAUGCAACCAGGACCCCAGCCCCUCCACCCUGGGCCUUGCCACUUGCCUGCCUCCCGGUCGGCUCCAUGCUGCUCCUCCUCCCUCUGCUGUUGGACACCAGUUCUUCACAGAUCCCAAGACUCCCCCUGCGCAUCCUGCCCUACAUCUUUACCCCCAUAUCCACGGUCACCUGCCCUUACACAACUUCUCCCGGCCCCUACUGCACCCCACACUUUACCCGCCCAGCCCUCCUCUCACACACAGCAAGCCCUUGCCCCCGAACCCCACAUCAGGUCAUUCUGCGGCCAAGCAGCCGGCUUUUAGUCCCUCACUUCCAGAGCACGUCUAUCAGAAUUGCUUUGGAAAUGCGGGCGGAACCAGUGAUUGGAACAACUCGCUGCAGUGCCUCUCUCUCAAAUUUGAGAACCUGUGGGACGCCGCGGUGAUGAAAAGCUGGAAUCCAUCUGUGCUUUUGCCCGAGUCCCUACCAGGGGACAUGCUUGGACCACAACUCGACGUUCCUCUCCCUCCAACAUCCUCUAUUGGCCCUCAAGGGGACCACCCUUUGUUGCCCACCCACGUGCCUGCUUCCUCGUCGUUGUCUUCAUCUUCAUUAUCGUCAACUUCAUCGUGCUCCUCUUCAGAAGCAAAAGAGCAGAAGAAGAGUGGCGCCAAGAAGAAAUGUCUCUACAAUUUUCAAGAUGCCUUCAUGGAGACCAACCGCGUCAUGAUGGCCACCUCUGCUUCCAUGUCCUCUGUGUCGUGUACUGCCACCACUGUCCAGUCAAGUAAUAACCCACCUCUCCAUCUAGCACCUCAAAGACCCAACUCCUUAGGUAAUAUAGGAGGGAAGGAACAGUUCUUAGAUGAUGUAUUUCACAAUUUAGGUAAAGAGGACCAUAGGCAACCCACUUCAGUCACCUCUCGGAACGGCUCUGCAGGACUGACACCCCUCCCUCCACUAUCAGGCCCUACAUUGCCCCCAGCACCCACACACCUUCCCACAGUGGGAUCACAGCCCUUUCCAAAGAUGGCUGCCCCGGCCCCAGACUUCAUCGAUGCCCAUCAGGGUUUGUGUCUCCCUUCUGCAGAGCCACAGGUCUCCUCCAUAGAUGCUCCUAUCAGUGCUCCGCCUAGUGUCUGCAGUGACCCUGACUGUGAGGGCCACCGCUGUGAGGGGAACGGGACGUACGAUCAUCAGCAGUACGAUGGAGAAGAGAGUCAAGACGAGGACAGUUGUUCUGAGCACAGCUCCUCCACCUCCACCUCCACCAAUCAAAAAGAAGGAAAGUACUGUGACUGCUGCUACUGCGAGUUCUUUGGGCAUGGUGGGCCCCCAGCUGCUCCUACCAGUCGAAACUAUGCAGAAAUGCGGGAGAAGCUGCGAUUACGUUUGACAAAACGUAAAGAGGAGCAGCCAAAGCGUGAAGAGCAGCAGCCUAUGAUUGAACGAGAUGGAGGGGUGGAGGACCACCGGCGGGUAGAGGACCUGUUGCAGUUCAUCAACAGUGCAGACAGUAAACCUGUGUCUAGUUCUAAAGCAGCAAAAAGGGCCAGACAUAAACAAAAGAAGAUGGAGGAGAAAGCUCGUCUGGAGGCAGAAGCCCGUGAGAGGGAGGAGCAGCUUCAGUUAGAGGAGCGGCAGCGGCAGGAAGAGGAAGAGGCAGCUCUUCAAAAGGAACUGUUGCGGCUGCAGGAGCUGCAGCAGCAUCGUGCUGCAAAGAAGAAAAAGAAAGAGAAAGCCAAGGAGAACACAGCACCCCCUCACAACAACCCACAGCCCCUCAAACAGACAGCUCAGAACGUUCUAGACAAUCUUCAGAACGGAAAGACACAGCUGCUUCAGAACCUUAUCCGCCUCCCUGACCAGAGAGAACCCAGAUUCGAUCACAAACCCCAGUCCAACGUACAGCAGAGCCCGAAACGCAGCACUAGCAAAGGCUUAACGGCAGAGAUCAACAUCCCCAACAGUCCAGACACUCUUUACAACUGCACUUCUAUGUCUCACCUUGAUAUCAACCAUAAAGUCAAGGCCAAACUCUCUGCAAAAGUGGCCAGUAGCGAGACUGCAGUGAAGAAAGCCGCAGAGUUGCCCAAGAGCUCAGAUGUUGCAGCAAAGCUCAUUAAUGGCAACACACCCAGAACUUCAACAGACACCAAAGCAACACAAGUCAGACCUGCUGAGGCCUCAACUCCUGUCACAGGCACCGAAGUGAGAAGGGAUGACAGGUGUAACAACAGAAGUGCCAGUGGGAAAAGACAGCAGCAACAGCAGCAGCAGCAGCAUCAUCCACCCCAGAAUCAGAAUCAGAGUCAGACUCUGAUCCAAACGAGGGAGGACAGGAGAAGCCCACCUGUCUCAAAUCCCUCCCCAACUCCCCCUCUGGCCUCUCAGUGUGAUCAGAGCCAGCAGAACGGCAAACUUCCCAGUGCAGAGUCCCCACAGCCUAAAGGCAAGGCAAAGAAGAACAAGAAGAAGAAAGGGGACAAGAUGAACAACUCAAUCGAUGAUGUGUUCUUGCCUAAAGACAUCGACCUGGACAGCACUGAGAUGGAUGAAACGGAGAGGGAAGUGGAGUAUUUCAAAAGGUUCUGCUUGGACUCUGCUCGACAGACUCGUCAACGACUUUCCAUCAACUGGUCCAACUUCAGUUUGAAGAAGGCGACGUUUGCCGCACACUGAAAGUGUGGGGAGGGGGGCGCGGACAGAAAACGCACCCAAAAGGCUUAACCAACCCCCACCUUCCCCACCUGUCCUUUUAACCUCCACACAAGUGUUUUCCCCCCCAGAAUCUCUUCCUCCUGCUGUGCCCAAAUCACACCCUCGCUGCCUUGCUUUGUUCUUGUCACUGUGUUGUUCCAGCACAGACAUAUUAGGACUGAUCAUCCUCCUGCAGAACCGAAGCAAAACUCAAACAAAACAACCGUUAAAAAGAAAAAAAAUGAAAAAGAAUCACUAAAUGCUACUUUACACUUGAUUUAUUUUCCUUGCGUGCUUGUGUGCUUUUAGCCUGAGUUGGACGACUAUCUGGACUGAAAAAGCCAUGGUCUGAGAUUAUUUUCUUACACUGGCUUACCUGUAGUCAAAGAUGCUAUGUCUGAAUGGUUCCCUUCCUUAAAAAAAGAGAUAAUGGAAUCUAGAAAAAAGAUGUAAUGAAUUAAAAGCUGUUUUUGAGAUAUUGUGGUUCAUUAUCCCAUCGUUUCCCGCUCCUAGCACUUCAUAUCACCCACACGAUCGACCAGGGAAUGGGGCUUGGUCUGCUGGUCUCCCCUCUCUUCUCCUCCUCCAGCACCCUAUUUCACAGAAGGGGAGGGGCUUAAUACUUGACAAUGUUAAUAUAUAUAUUUUUUUUACGUUCUGUUUAACAAACUGUUAAGUAAACGUGUACCAGUUACAGUUUUUUGUUUUCUUGAUUUUCCACCUGUAGCCAGCUUGUACCAGAGUACCUUCAGAAUUUGAAAAAAAAGGAUCAAUACUCACCCUAUCAAUCUGUUAAAGAGUGUCUAUUGUAUUAACACUGAAGCCAGACUGGCUACUUUUAACAUAUUGUUAAGUAAAUAUUAAAUCUUGUCUUUCUUUUUUGAAAGAUACAGUAGUAAAGGCAG